AGCAACGCCGCCCUUCAUUUUUAGGGGAUUCAGAGUAAUAACCCGACGAGGACGGCAUCCAAGAUGCUGGAGCUCCCGAAAUCCCCUUUGAGCUUUGAGCCCGCGAGCCCGCUGCAAACGACGUCCGCUCCCCAGCAGGCAGGUAGACAAGAUAGCAGCUCCUUCCUCAUUGCGCACUAAUCGUUCUUGUGUUUGAUCGUCAUGUCGUUACCACUUCUCUCUGUGCGAGCGAACCUGUCCUCGUCAGCGCUGGGUAGCAGCUUGAGGCACCCAGCUUCUGGAAGAUGUGUCAGAAACCUCGCGAGCCGCCGCCGCUGCAGCAGCGACAGCAGGUGCAACCGCCCGCCUACAAGUUGUUGGAGCAGACGAGGUCGAGCUCCUUCAGCGGUGAUGGUCUCAAGGAGUCCAUCUCCAAUACUUUUGCAGUCACGACAACUUUCUUCGGCAGCAUCGGCAGCAGCACCAACACUGCUUUUUGGGGACACCAUCAUCGUCACGAAGCGUUGCGCCGAGAGGUUAAACGAGCUCAGACAGGCCAAGGCGCAGCCGGACCUGAAGCUCCGGCUUUCAGUGGAGGGCGGGGGGUGCUCGGGGUUUCAGUACAAGUUCUCCUUGGAAGACGCGGCGGGGGCAGGUGCGGGGGGGUCAGAGGGCGCCGAGAAAGAUGGGGACGACGACGAUGACAGUGACGACGAGGACGAGAGCGACGUCGACCACGAAUUUGAACGGGAUGGGGCCGUGCUGGUUGUAGACGCCACCUCGCUCGAGUUCGUCAAAGGCGCAACGGUGGACUUUGAGGAAGACAUGAUGCGAAGCGCGUUCGCCGUGCUCAACAACCCGGUGUCGGAGAGCGCGUGCGGGUGCGGCAGCUCCUUCGCCCUCAAGAAUUUCGAGAAGAACCCCGCACUCGACUGAACGACUCCGCCGUCAGCGGCUCUUGCUUUACCCCCGCCAUGGCCUUCUACCCCGACCGCGGCAAUAGAGGGAGGCUGUCCAUCGUUGAUCUUUUAGUCGCUCUGGUUCGUCAGUGUCCAUACUUGUACGAAGACGCCGCUGGUGUGAGGCCGGUUGUGGAUUGAACACGCACGUGCUGUUUGCUUGGGCUUCGUGCCUAGCCAACCAGAAGGCUAAGGACUCCAGUCGUAGCGGAAACGACCGCCACCCUGAGCUGGCUGGCGACACGACACCGCAGCAGCCGAUUUUGUUUGGCAUGUAUUUAGAACAAAAACGACGAGCUUUCUGUGCGAACGCUGCGCGUCUGUCCUGGAGGUCGUUUGUGGUUGCGUCUCGGGAGGCCGAAGCCCCCCCUCCCCCUUCUUUUUUGUGACUCGAGAUUUUGUCCGGCGCAUGCUUGUGUAAUGUUCGGUUUGUGCUUUUCUCUUGCUCAGGUGUGACUUGUGUUUCAUGUUGUUCGGACGGCCGCAGCACGAAUUGGGAAGGAGGUCGUUUUCAGCACAGAGUCUACUGCGUAUUGCGUACGACAUGGACAAGACUCAUACACGCUGUGUGCAGGUUCCGAAAUGGUUUUAUGUGUGUGUGGAUGACAGGUGUAGAAGUGCUGUAACCAUUGUUGUU